AUGUCAGGUUUCUACAAUUUAAACACUUACUUUCUAUCUCGUCAUUCUUUUUUUCUUUUUCUUUUUUGUAUCUAUUACUUUUAUUUAUCUUCCUUUAUGUUGAUAGUUUUACUUUCUUCUUUUCAUCUUGCUUUUUCAUCGUUCUGUUCACCUUUCUCGUCAACUUUCUUUUUUAUUUUAUUUUUUUCAUCUUUCAUUCUCUUUUCUUUACAUUUUUUAUCAUUUCCUCUUUUCCCUUCUUUUCAUCGUCCUUCUUUCGUUUCUUCUUUUCCAUUUUUAGCGUUCGUUCUUUUUUCUCAUCAUCCUUUUCAUCUUUAUUUUUCUUUCUUUCUUCUAUUUUCUUUUACGGUUUUGUCUUGCUUUAUUCUUGUUUUUGCAUGUGUGUUUGUUUAUUUGUUUCUUUUUUUUUUCCUUACUCUCCCCCCUCUAACUUUUUUUUACUUCUUUCUCUCCCUUUCUUUCUUUCUUUCUUUCUUUCUUUUUUCUUUCUUUCUUUCUCUUCUCCCUGCUAGCCUCCACUUCUUUCUUUCUCUUUCUUUUUUUCUCACAGCUAUCUUCUACUUUUAUCAUUCUUUCUCGUUCUUUCUCUAUUAUUCUCUCUUUUUUUCUCUAUUAUUUGCUCUCUCUCGCUCUCUCCAAUUUUCAUUUUUUAAUUUAUGUAUUGCUCUCGCCCUCUCUUUCUUUCUUUUUUCUAUUCCUUCCUCUCCCUUUCUUUGUUUCUUUUUAUUUCCCUCUUUCUUUCUCUUUCUAUUAUUUGCGCUUUUUUUUUCUUUCUUUUUUUUCUUUUUUCUUUCUUUUCUUUUUUUCUUUCUUUCUUUUUUUUUUCUUUCUUUUUUUUUUCUUUUUCUUUCUUUCCUUCUUUCUUCUCUCCUUUUUCUAGACUCCACUUCUUUCUUUCUCUUUCUUUUUUCUCACUGCUAUCUUCUACUUUUUUUCUUUUUUUUUCUUUCUUUCUUUCUUUCUUUCUUUUUUCUUUCUUUCUUAUUCUCUUUUUUUUUUCUAUUAUUUGCUCUCUCUCGCUCUCUCAAUUUUCAUUUUUUUUCGUUUUUAUUUAUUUCUCUCACUCAUUCUUUCUUUUUUUCUAUUUCCUUCCUCUCUUUUCCUUUCUUUCUUUUUUCUUUUUUUCUUUCCUUUCUCUCUCUAUCUUUCUCUUUCUAUUAUUUGUGGUCUCUCUCCAUUUUUUCAUUCAUUCUUUUCUUUCUUUCUUUACUUUUUCUUUCUUUCUUUCUUUCUUCUCUUGCGUCCCCAUUUUUGUACUCUGUUAAGUAUGGCAAGGCGAUUCAAGAAUUUGAAAUCAGAAAAAUUACCCUAAAAUAUCUAUCUGCCUGUCUGUCUAUGUUAGUCUGCAUUUAUCUUUUUCUGGUUCUUUCUUUCUUUCUUUCUUUCUCAUUCUGGUUCUAUCUAUGUUAUUCUGUAAUUUCUGCUUCUAUCUAUCUAUCUAUCUAUCUAUCUAUCUAUCUAUCUAUGUUAGUCUGCAUUUAUCUCUUUCUGGUUCUGUUUGUCUUUGUUUCUUUCUGUCUUUCUUAUUCUGGUUCUAUCUAUGUUAGUCUGUACUUAUCUUUUUCUGGUUCUAUCUAUCUAUCUAUCUAUCUAUCUAUCUAUCACAUGGGCCGCACUCGAUAUCAUAUUCAACCAAUAUGA